AUGGCCGGUUGGUUUAGGCGGCUCCUGCACAAGCGAAAGCCCAGCUCAGUGGAGACAAGCCUCAAUGCCAGCAGCUCUGCUUCAUCCUCACCUUCCUCAUCCUCUGCGGAGAGCUCUAGCUCCUCUCCCAGCAUGAGCCUGGCCAGGUCCAUCCGCCUGUCACCUAUCUCGGUGUCGGACAUCAGCAGCGCCCGGUGGGCGAAGAGCUACGACGUUUGCAUCUGCCACAGCGAGGUGGACCUGGAGUUGGUGGAGGAGCUGGUGUCCUACCUGGAGGGUCAACCCGAAAGCUUCCGCUGCUUCCUCCAGCUGCGGGAUGCGGCUCCGGGAAGCGCGGUGGUGACAGAACUGUGUGACGCCGUGCAAAACAGCCACUGCUGGGUCAUGCUCAUCACCCCCAGCUUCCUCCGCGACCCUUGGUGCAAGUACCAGAUGCACCAGGCGUUGGCCGAAGCUCCGAUGGCCAACGGGCGCACCAUCCCAGUGUUGAAGGACGUGGAUCGGAAGGAUUAUCCCAAGGAGCUGCGAAACCUCUACUACAUCUACAUGGCGCUGAAGGAGAACAGCUUCAGGCAGAUCCGAGACACCAUCAUGCGCUACCUCCAGGAGCUGUGCCGGAGCUCCGUGAGCAGGACGGAGUAG